CACAGUCAACAAUAAUAAAAAAUAAUUCACAUAAAAUAAAUAGAGAAAGCUAAGUAAAAUAGAAAUAAGGAAAAUUUAUUCAAUGUACUAAACAAAACUGUACAGUGUGUAGAAAAAGAAAGAAUGUUUGAUUCAUAGGUAAUGAAGAAAAUUAUUAAUACAUAUUUAUUUAUUUAAACAUUAUAAUGUUUUUUGAUGUACUUAUGUAUAUUGUAAUGUAACCAUGGAAUAUAAUAUGUUCGUUAUUAUAUUCCUAGCCGUAAUUCCAUAUUUGUUUUCGUUGAAUGGUGAUUUUGUUUUUGACGAUUCUGAAGCCAUUCUAAAAAAUAAAGAUAUAUCGUCGCAAUCAUGGAUAGAACCUUUUUAUCAUGACUUCUGGGGCACCAACAUGAAAAGUAAAGAGAGCCACAAGUCAUAUCGACCCCUAACAAUUUUAAGUUUCAAGUUGAACCGCCUGUUAAAUGGAGGAGUACUGUCUGCAUAUCAAUUCAAAAUAACAAACGCUGCAUUGCAUGUUUUGUGUUGUGUUAUCGUAUGGAUAACGUAUAGAACAAUUUUAACCCAAAUUCAAUUUAGUUCCAGUAAGGAAAGUGUGUCAAAUAUCGCAUAUUUAGCUACUAUGCUAUUUUGUAUUCACCCUGUUCAUGUGGAAGCUGUAUGUGGUAUUGUUGGGAGAGCUGAUUUAUUAGCUGCUAUAACAUUCUUUUCAUCAUUCCUGAUGUAUGCCAAGGCUCUUAGAAACUCACAUUUCUCCUAUUUGUACCUUAUUCUUGCCAUCCUAUUUGCUGGAUUAUCUAUGAUGUUUAAGGAAAAUGGUAUAACAGCAUUGGGAUUUUGUAUGAUAUAUGAAUUAAUUAUGAAUAUACAAGCUAUGGAAAGAAAGAAUCCUGGAUAUUUUCAAACAUGUUUUGGAAAUUUUGCAUACAAUUUGAAAUCAAGUUUUCGACUUCUAUUUUUAUUAGCUUCUAUUAUUGUAAUGCUGUAUUUGAGAUGGUCUGUGAUGGGCGGAGAAAAACCAAUCUUCAAAAACACUGAUAACCCUGCUGCUUUUAGUCCUGAUUUUUUUACAAGGGUAUUAACUUACAACUAUAUUUAUUUCAUUAAUGCUCUUAUUUUUAUUUGGCCAUAUUGGCUGUGCUAUGAUUGGUCCAUGGGAUGUAUUCCAAUAAUUAAGGAAUUCACAGAUUUUAGGAUUAUAUUUAUUAUCUUACUAUAUUUUUUUGGGUCUUUAACCUUACUCUCCAUUCUUGGUAGGAACCGGCUGCAAUCUAAAAGACUUAUUAUUCUGUCAUGCAGUCUCGUGAUUGUUCCAUUCUUACCGGCAUCAAACUUAUUCUUCCCUGUUGGUUUUGUUAUUGCUGAAAGAAUUCUAUACAUUCCAUCAGCUGGCUAUUGCCUGCUUGUUGCUGUAGGAUUUCAUAAAAUCCUUCAGAGAAGACCCUUGAAUAUUCCUAGAAAUGUCAUGAUGGUUAUUUAUUUCUUUUUAAUAAUAUUAUAUGCGCUAAGAAGCUAUCAGCGAUCAUUUGAGUGGCAGACUGAAUAUAAAUUAUUUACAAGUGGUCUCCUUGUUUGUCCUUUGAAUGCCAAAGUCCACUACAAUGUCGCAAAGGCUGCAGAUGCUAAGGGAAAUGUUACUUGGGCAAUUAAUGAGUAUAAGAUAGCAAUAAGAUUACAUCCUGAAUACUACCAAGCAAUGAAUAAUUUGGCGAAUCUUUUAAAAAAUAAAAAACAAUUUGUGGAUGCUGAAUACUAUCUCAGAAAGGCUAUAUCAUUGAAAGAAGAUUUUCCAGCAGCUUGGAUGAAUUUAGGUAUCGUUUUGGCGAGUAUCAAGAAUUUUGAGGAGUCAGAAAAAGCUUACCACAAUGCACUGAAGUAUCGAAAGCUUUAUCCUGAUUGUCAUUAUAAUUUAGGAAAUUUGUAUCUUGAGCUUAACAAAACUAAUAUUGCUGUAGAUCAUUGGUUCAAAGCAAUACAAUUAAACCCUAAACACAAUUCUGCAUGGACUAAUUUGCUUGCGUUGUUGGAUAACACAGAUCAAAUCAACAAGGCAUUAAAACUAAUACCUCAAGCACUAGAGGAAUUACCAGAGUCUCCUUCGGUUAUAUUUGCGAUCGCAAAUAUUUACGGAAAAAUAGAUGAAUAUAAUGAAGCAGAGAGGCACUUUUUGGCGUCAAUACAAUUAUUUGGUAAUCACGUCAAGCCCAUUCAUUAUGCGAAUCUUGGAGUUCUCUACCAUCGUUGGAAAAAAUACGACCUGGCGGAAACAAUGUAUAAAAAAGCUUUAGAAAUUCAACCAAACUUUCAAAGUGCACGCAAGAAUUUAGAGAGUUUAAAAAAGUUAAGAUUAAAAAUAAAACUGUGA